CCCGCCAUUUCAAGGUUUCGCGAUGACUUUACACACUGCAUGCACGUGGUUUACAAAAUAGACAACAAAAGCUUCCAAAAUAAUUAGUAUGGCGAGCCAGAACGACGCAGGCAUCACAGUCAAGGCGAAUCCGUCACAAGACGGCUUUCGGCUCAUUGAGCUGCCGCCGGAACUAGAGACGCUCCUCACAUCACCAGAUGCGCCAGUAUUGACCUUCGAGUCAGCAGGCAACGAUACGUUGACAGUCCUCAAGACCCCCGGCAAAAAUUACAUCCUGCGCCAGAAGAACACGUCCAAUGGGCUGUGGCUGCUGCAGCCGCACAACGACCCGGAGAGCAUGCAGACAGGCCUCUCGACAAUAGCGACGAUACACGAGACGGUCGAGUUGGAGUUGAUGAAGGAUGACCCGGAAACUAUAAAGCCUAAGCCAAAAGGUAAAUGGCACGAGCGGUUCGGCGCGACACGGUAGAACUACAACAGAGCCCCUACAUCACCAUUACCAUCAUCAUAUCAUUUUGCAUCAUUAGCGUCGUCGUUUUUGGGAGUAUCGUGGGAAUCAUGUCAUAUUAUCUAUUUGGGGGUAUGAUACAAAAUAUUAAUCAUUACAAAUCCUCGUCCUCGUCAUCCGAAUCUUUGAUUUCGUACGACACUUCUUGUCGCUGACGAGUAGACCGCCGAGUCGCUGUGGAUGGCGGGGUUACUACAGCUUUCAUCUUCUUCGCCCUCGGUGUGCUCUUGGGAGCCUUCGGUGUUCUUUUAACAGAUGGCACCGGUUCAGACUCUGGUUCAGCCUCGUGAGAACCUGUGGUGUCCAUCUCUUCGGCUACCACCUUUUGCUGCUCUACCGUUGUUUCAUGCCCGUGGUCUUCCAUGAUCAAGUCAUCGUCGCCGUCGUCAUCCUCUGCCACCACCGGAAAAAAGGUCGAGGCUUUAUGCACAGGCACCUCAUUUUCUUCCUCCUCUUCAUAUCCUUCAGGCAGAAAGCCACCAGCCAUCUCUUCAUCAUGCACAACAGGCGUCUUUUCCACAGGCGCUCGCUUCGAACUACCAAAGACUUUGACAUCCUCAAUAUGCCCGUAGUCCUGUUUGAUUCGCUCCACGAUCCGCAGGCCCAUCAUAAACUUGCGCCACUUACCCAGCGCAGUCUUGCGACGCUUCUCGUCUUCCUUGCGAAUGCGCUCAGCCUCGGCCUUUUGUAGCUCCUCCAUCAACUGGUCGUGGUAUUCCUCGGCGAUGACGACACCCUGGAUGACCGGAACAGCCAUGCGGUGGCCGAAUUCAAAGUCCACCACGGCUUCUGCAUAAUCAAUCUGCAUCUUCUUACAGAUGCGUACUGCUCCGCGAAACGGAACGUGCACAGCGCCUGCAGGACACAUGUGCUCUGCAAAGAGGUCAAUGUUGCCGUACUCGUUCUUGGGUAUAACGCCGUCUUUGAUCGGAUCGGGGAUAAUCCAAUCUGUUUGGUCGAAGCUGUAGAGCCCUUGGAGGACCUUGCGGCCUGUGGUUGCUUCGGCUUCCAGCAGCUCUCGCUUUCGGUUGAGCGUCGCAGCUCGAUAGGGAACUUGCUUCAGCGGUUGUUCGCCGGCAAUUGGUGCUCGUCCUUGUUUGUGCCAAGUUUCGGCGCUCUUAACAUUGACCACAUCUGCGCGUAGGUAGACAUCUUCCUCCUCGACAACGCCCCCCUUGCCUUUGCUUUUGAACUUCUUUACGGCGACCGAGCCGGGCUUGAGCGCUUCUUCCCGCUUCAGAUGUCUAGCCAGGGCGAAUUCUGUGGACUGCUUGUAGUACUGUAACGUUUCUUCUCCUUCCUUGAUUGCCUUCUUUUCUGGCUGUGCUGGUCGAAGGUCUGUCGAGUCCUCCAGUUCGUCGAUUUCUGUAAUGGGAAGAUUUUUGGUGCCCCGGGUGUAGCCCGACAUGGCAGCCUUGAACCAGUCAAAUUGUUCAUACCGCUUUACUUUGCCGUGAUGGUUGUAAACGGGAAGCUUUUCCGGUGGCAUUCUCAUACCCUUUGUUCUUCCCGGCAUGGUUUGUUUCCUUAGAUAUCGUACAGUAACAUCCUUGGCACUGCCAUCUGAUGAAUACGCAACAACAUAGGCAAUCAUCUGAUGGGCUUUAUCCGCUUUUGCCCCUCGAGGCUCAAACCCUUCCACAAGCCCUCUAUUGGUAGCAACGACGCCGUUGCAGGUGGUGUCAACCGAGAGGUACUUUUUGGUUACUGGCGACAAUACCUCGGUCCAGUAGUGAGGAAAUACCAAGUCAGAAUCGACCUUUUUCAUCAUCUUCCCGGCUGCCUUUGGUCCUCCAGGCCGUUUCAUCUCAACCUUGACUUCAAUUACAGAGUCAUCAUCGGAGUCGCUGUGUUCAAGUUCCAGUUCGCUUUCUUCAGAGCCUGAAAACAGGCCUUUGCCUUUUCGUCCCUUUGCCUUUAACUUCUUCUGGCUCUUUUCUUGGGUCGAUUUGGUUGUCGCUUUCUUUUCCUUCUUGGGCGUGCUCUGCGCUGACUUUGGGUCCUGGGCCUCUUCAUCAGCCUCUUCAACCUUGCUCCAACCAAAACCUAGACAUUGUAGAUUUGAUACCAUGCGAGCUUCUAUCCCCAACCCGCGCAGAAGCGCAGUAAAUAGCUGUGCGCCGAUAUCACGGCUUCCUUCGCAUUUCAACGCAGCAGCCCGAAACUCGUCGAGAUUUGAUAUUCGUUCUCCGAAGACGGCUGGAUCGUCCGGGUUUGCGGCAUGGGCCUUGACAAUUCGAUCUAGUCGCUCCAAUGACAUGUAUCCCUGCUUUCGAAGACCAGGUAUUGUUACUCGGAAGCGCUGCUUCCACCAGGACAUUAGCGGCUGCAUGAGCUUGAAAAGAGGAUCGCCAUGGCUCAUAUCCACGGCGCCCUCCUCCAACCGCAUAGCACCUUCGCCCCAAUCUCUAUCUUCAUUCUUUACUUUCUUUGGCCCUCCCACUCCCUUUCUCUUGUACGCUUUCGGACUGGGUGAUUCGCCUGGAAUAAGACCGCUAUUCCGUCUCCAUCGAUCGAAAUAUUCCCAGAGUCUAGGCGGCAUAUGCGACAGCAUGAUUGCUUGCGCCUCGGAGUCACAUAACCAGGAAUUUCGAACAGCGUUGUGCCACAACAGCGUCAAGACGUGUAGGCAGUGCGUCGCAUUGCGCACGCGGCGCUCGCGCUUUGUCGGCCCCUUCUUGUCACCGUAUGGAUUCGUCAGAGAAAUGCGAGUAUCGCGCGUCAGUGUAAGCUCUAGGUCGCCGUCGACUGGCGCAUCUGGCAACGGCGCUGCGGGAGCUGCGACAUCCUCAAAUUCAAUGUCGUCAUCGUCGCUCUCCUCGUCGCGCUUUGGUUUCUUGGCUAUUGGAACGUCUUCAAACUCCUCGUCAGAUAGCGACGACAGUGAGCUGUCAUCUGAGUCGUCUAAACUGUUGAAAAUUGAGGCGACAGUCUUGGCCGACGUCGGCGUCGCAGUCGAAUCCAGGUCAUCGUACAGAGUGGCUUUCCGAGGGACGGUCGUUUUCGAAGGAGCACUGGUUUUCCCAUUCUGUGCAUCUUCAUGCAACCGCUUGCGCGGGACAAGAGGCGGCA